UUCUGCUUCUCUGUUUCCUAACGACGUCAGCAUAAAUAGGAAGCGCGUGAGGCUCACUGCCGUCUGGAGACUCCAGGGGAAGGCUGGUCUGUCCUGCCACACAGAGGCCUGGAGGAGGCAGAGCCCAGAGGGAGGGCCUGUGACAUGGGUCUCUCCUGGCCGCCAGCUGGGCAGGAGCACAGCACUCUGGAACACUGAGGACCCACCGGUGCUGGCCCCUGCUUGUCCAGAGCGGACCAGGGGGAUGGUACUGUCCCGGGGGCUGCUCCCCACAGCCCUGCUGGCUCUGUGCUGGGUGCCCGGCCUGGCGGGCGCAGAAACCAUCCCGCUGCAGACCCUGCGCUGCUAUAACGACUACACCAGCCACAUCACCUGCAGGUGGGCCGACACCCAGGACGCACAGCGGCUCAUCAACGUGACCCUCCAUCGGCGGGUGGACAAUGACCCCCUGGAGCCAGUGUCCUGCGAGCUCAGUGAGGACAUGCCCUGGGCAGACUGCCCGGCUCCCCACUGUGUGCCCCGGAGAUGUGUCAUUCCCAACAAGACCUUCAUCCUCGCCGACAAGGACUACUUCUCAUUCCAACCAGACCGGCCCCUGGGCGUCCAGCUCACCGUCUUUCUGGCCCAGCAUGUGCAGCCCCCCGCGCCCCAGCACGUCCGGAUCCGCGCUGCCCGGGACCACUUCCUGCUGACCUGGGGCGUGGCCCUUGGGGGCCGUCAGCCCCACUGGCUGUCACAGCGGGACCUGGAGUUUGAGGUGGUCUACAGGCGGCUGCAGGACCCCUGGGAGGACGCCCCCACCCUCCGCUGCAACUCGUCCCGGGCCGUGCUGGGGCCCGAGCACCUCCUGCCCAGCAGCACCUACGCGGCCCGGGUGCGCACCCGCCUGGCCCCGGGCUCCCGCUUCUCAGGACGGCCCAGCGAGUGGAGCCCUGAGGUGCGCUGGGACUCACAGCCAGGCGACCAGGCCAAGCCCCAGAACCUGCAGUGCUUCUUCAACGGGGCUGCCGCGCUCAGCUGCUCGUGGGAGGUGAGGACGGAGGUGGCCAGCUCGGUCUCCUUCGGCCUCUUCUACAAGUCCAGCCCGGAUGCGGGGGAGGAGGAGUGCUCCCCGGUGCUGAAGGACGAGCUCAGCAGCCUGUACACCCGGCACCGAUGCCAGAUCCCCGUGCCCGACCCCGGGACCCGCGGCCGGUACACCAUCUCUGUUCGGCCAAGGAGGGAAGAGAAACUCAUUAAGAACUCAGAGCACAUCCAGAUGGCCCGCCCUAGCCUCAACGUGACCAAGAACGGGGACAGCUACAGCCUCCGCUGGGAGACAAGGAAGAUGCAAUACGAUCACAUAGAUUACACCUUCGAGGUGCAGUACAGGAGAGACUCGGCCACGUGGGAGGACAGCAAGACCGAGGCCCUCCAGAACGCCCACAGCAUGGCCCUGCCGGCCCUGGAGCCCUCCACCGCGUACCGGGCCAGGGUGAGGGUGAGGCCCUCCAGGCCGGGCUACAGCGGCAUCUGGAGCAAGUGGAGUGAGGAGUGCUCCUGGGAAACCGACUGGGUGCUGCCCACGUGGGUCCUGGCCCUCAUCCUGGUCUGCGUCACCCUCACCUUGCUCCUGGCCCUCCGCUUCUGUGGCAUCUAUGGGUACAGGUUGAACAGGAAGUGGAAAGAGACCAUCCCCAACCCCAGCAAGAGCUUCCUGUUCCAGAACGGGAGCGGGGGCAUGUGGCUCCCAGACGGCGCGUUGGCCUCCACUGGCAGGAGCCCCCCACGCCAGGGGCCCCGGGGCAGCCACUUCCCUGGGCUGGAGAGGGUCAUCCCUGUGGGCUUCCAGGACGUCGAGGUGUCACCUCUCACCACAGAGGACCCUAAAAGUGUCUGCGACCCGCCAUCAGGGCCUGAUGUGACUCCGGCCGCCUCUGGCCAGCCCACAGAGCAGCCCCGCAGCCCCCCGCCGGCCCCGCCAGAGCCCUCGGGCAGGCCUGAGGAUGAGCUUUCCAGCUUUGACUUCAACGGCCCCUACCUGGGCCCGCCCCGCAGCCACUCUCUGCCUGAACUCGGGGACCAACUGGUGUCCCCGCAGCCAGGGGAGGGCCAGAAGCCGCCCCCAGGGUCCCUGGAGUACCUGUGUCUGCCUGCUGGGGGGCAGGUGCAGCUGGUCCCACUGGCCCAGGUGGAGGGGCACGGCCAGGAUGUGGAGCGGAGGCCCAGCCCCGGGGCUGAGGGGAGCCCCUCCUUGGAGUCUGGGGGAGGCCCUGCCCCUCCUGCACCUGAGUCAAGGGGGGAUGGACAGGGCCCAGUGGACAGUCAAGUGGCUCUGUCCACAGGCUCUGGGGACCCCAAGGAUGCUGCCAUGGCCUCUGGUUAUAUCCCCGCUGCAGACCUGUUAUUCACCCCAAGCUCAGGGGCCCUGUCUGUCUCCCUGGCUCCUGCUCCAGGCCAAUGCUCAGACCAGAGCCCCAGCCUCUGCCCUGGGCCGGCCGGGGGGCCUGUGCCAGCCCCCAUGAAGCCAGGCUUCGAGGGCUACGUGCAGCUCCCUCCACCCACAGGCCAGUCCCCCAAGUGCCCCCUGGGCAGUCCUGCCCCUCCUCCGGCCAGCAGCCCCGUGCUGAGCCCCAUGUUGAGCCCCGCGUUGGCGUCCCCACAGCCCGAGGGGCUCCUUGUCCUGCAGCAGGUGGGUGACUACUGCUUCCUCCCUGGCCUGGGCCAGGGCCCUCUCUCACCCCGGAGCAAGCCGUCCUCCCCAGGGUCCUGCCCUGAGGUCAUGGAUCUAGACCAGACUUUUCAAGUCAAGAAGCCCCCGGGCCAGGCGGGGACCCAGGUGCCGGCCAUCCAGCUCUUCAAAGCCCUGAAGCAGCAGGACUACCUGUCCCUGCCCCCUUGGGAUGUCAGCAUGCCUGGCCAGGUGUGCUGAGCCCCUCCAGACCUGGCGAGGCAAGUCCUGCCCCCCUCCCGCCAGCCUCCCGCCCCUUCCAUGGUCACCUCUGCAGAGCCCCAGGGAGGCCUCCUGUCCAGGAAGGGAGUCAGCCCCGCUGCUGUCCCCAAAUCACUCCGCUCCCCCCUAAUAGACACACACACACACACACACACGUGCACGCGCGCACACACACACACACACGUGCGCGCACACACAUAGUUCAGGUGAAUUUAUGUUUAGGCUGUGAAUGAUUAGGCUUUCCAUCAUACUCCUUCCAUCUCCCCCUCAUUUCUUUUUUAUCAGGUUUCCUUGCUUUUGCUAUUUUCUUCCUUCCUUCACUGAUUGAUCGUCAGAGUGUGGUUGGGGUCCGAGCUGAGCCUACUCGGAGAUCGAGACGCGUCUGGUUGUGUGCGAGGGCUUGUGUGGGCUGCCUGUCCCCGGCAGGAACUGACACCUGACAUGGUUCUUGCCCGGGUGCCGAACCAGGAGGCACCAAGUGGGCACGAUAGGGGCAGGACUUGGAAGGGCAGCACAGACCGGGCAGUCCAGGGUGUGUGGGGGGGAGCAGCGCAGCCCAGCCGUGUCGUCAGGAAACGGGCGUGGUAGGAGGGGUGCAGGGGUGAACGUGAGAGGCUGUGUGGGAGCUCCCGGGGAGCCCUGUCGCAGAGACAAGUGAGAGCUCACGUCAUGUGGAGAAGUCACUGAUUGGACAAUGGUGGUUAAGGGCAGAAGUGACGGCCAGUCUAGGACCUGGGGAAUAUCGGGAAGUGGGGGAAGAGGAAUCCAGAACCCACAUCUGCUGCAGAAGAGUUGGAAGAAGUUACUGAACAAAGGAUGAUGCCUGAGGGCUUUCAGUCGGCGUGGCCUGCUUCCCUCCCUUCCAGAAAGCCUGUACAGCUUCCACGCUGAGUGGCCGCCAUGAGGGACUGUCGGUCUAAGUCUGGGCCUGCAGUGGGGAUGAUGGUUCCUUUAAAUCUUUGCCUUUCUGGCACACAAAAAACAGUGGCAUUAAAUUGCUUUGAUUUGCAUUAUGUGAUAAUUGUCAAGUUUGCACAUAUUUUUGUACGUAUUAAUGUCUUGGGCAUUGGUAUUUCUUAACUAGGCUGAGCCUAUUAAGGUCUUUGUUCUGUUGGGUGCUAUCUUUUGCUGAUUAUGUUUUUAAAACUAUUUACGUAUGCCUUUUCGUAGAUGGUGCAAAGUUUUCCCCCUGAGUUUGUGAUUUGUCUUAUAAUUUCGUAUGUGAGGCUUCUGAGGGUGCUCAGCGUUGAAGCUUCUGUGUUGUCCAAGAGAUCUAUGGUGAAAUCCUUCUGCACUUUUGGGGUCAGACUUACAAAGGCCUUCCCUACUGCAAAGUUGCGUUUGUCAUCAUUUAUAUUUUUUUUUCUAGUUCUUUUUGUUCCAAGCUUUUUAUGUAAAAUUUUCUUUUGGAAGGUGUGGAUGAGAGACAGAAGCGUGUUCGCAGCAUCUGCCGAGUCGUCCAUUCUUUGUCCACGUAUCUGAGAUGCCGCUUGUAUGACGUAGCAAGUCCUCGCACAUGUACUCCGUCAGUUUCUAGGUUUCCCGUUUUCAUUACCUUGUUUUCUUGAUGGCACCCUCCGUUUUGGUUGUUCUAGUUUUACCAUGUUUUAAUAAGUGGCAGAGCAAGUGUUCUUGUUACUUUUGUUCCUAUAUCCCUGUUCAUUACAGCAAUGCUUGUGGUUGAAGAAAUGUAUACACAACUUAAAUGUCCAUCCAUACUGAAAUUCCCAUAACAUUUUAGUACAUUCUAAAGUAGAACCCUCUGUUAAAAAUGAAUGACAUGGGCCCACGUGUAUUAGAAAGAAGUCCAGGGUAUUAAUUCCAAAAUAUCCGGACAUCGCGAAGGAGCAAAGACUGCAAUAAAAUCUUUGUGAUAUAAGA